GCGAAGCGGGCCUGCCCAGGUUGGCGACUGCCAACUGGAUGGCAGCACUGAAACCAACAUCCCGCGGAAGUGCGAUACUCAAGGUACCGUAGUGUAAGGUCGGGUACUGCUUCGUCCCUUUUUCUAAGUGAUGAAAAUCACAGGCGGUUCAUCAAUUCGAAGAUUCUUUUGGUUGAAGGUGAGUUGAAGAGCCUGACUGCCUCCGUGGUGCGCAAAAAAUUACAGAUCUGAGGUUCCACCCAUUCCUCGUUCCUUCCUACAUAACAGUGAGCAACUUGUUAGUGGCAGUGCAGGUGGCAUGCGAGCCGCUAUACAAUUCAAUGCUGGUUCGUUCGUUAGCGCAGAACUCCCGACAGGGGUCCUGGUACCAAAUUCAAAAACGCCUCUCUCAGCACUGAUAAAAGACAAGUCAACGCAGCAAAAUAGAGUGUCUAGCAAAGAUCUGAAUGGCCGUUUUACUCCAAUCCUACUUGCAAGAAAAGAGUGGCUGUUUUGAGGUUGAAAUUCGAAUUUUUGAUUGACCCUUGCCUGUAAGUCAGGCGCUACCGAACAAACCAGGGGGGCAUUCUAAUAACACCCCGGCACUACGAAAUGUUCGAUUACUAAGGCAGGUAUGGAGG